UUAACUGAAGGUUACCACAUGAUAUUGAUUGGAAGUUAAUUUACGACGAACUUUAAUACUAGCAGCAAUAAUAACAAUGUAUUACAACAGUUAUUUUCUUCACUCAAUAAUUCAUUUGUAGAAUUUACAACUGUAGAAACUGAGAUAUAUAAAUAUGGAGCUUCCAAUUCAGCAAUUGCCAUAACUAAUGAAAACCUAUAACCACUGCUUAAAUAAGAACUGAAUAUAUUUGUAUAUUUAUUUAUAUAAAAGAAAUUUAGAAUUUGGAGAUAAUCCCUCUACCCAUGUGUAAACCAUAUUGGCCAUCAUUACUAGUAGUAAAUGACUUCCUAUUUUUGCAAGAUGUUUGAAAAUAAUUUAAGAAUAGUUAGGGUAUUCUCUUCUUCUCAUAAAAGAUAAAUGCUGCCUCCCCAUUCCUCUUUCAUUUAUAUUUAAACACACAAAGACAAUGUGAACCAAAUUAAGCAGACUAAUGGUAUCCCAAUAACAUUUGAAAAUAACCAUCAUAACAAAGAAGACAUCUGGUUGUAAUCUAUAAUCUAAUUGGAGGUUAGGAACUGAAAUAAUUUCACCCUAUUGUCAAACUUUAAAUGGGUAAAAAAUCAAAUUUGUAGACAUGGAGUCAAGUGCUGUUUCAUCCAGUCAAGUGAAUAUAGAUUUUGAAUGGAUUAAUAUAAGGUCUUGUAUUAGCACUAUGCUUCAGAAUCAUUGAGUGUUUGUCAAUUUUUGAGAAGACUUCAUUUCUAGUACAAGGGUUAUCAUGCUUUAUUUGGAUGAGGAUAGGAAGAGAGGCAAACCUUCGAUAUGGACCACAUUGAUACAUCUAAGUUAAUAUACUGAGAAAACAAUAAUUUUAGAGGCUAUCUUUUAUUAAGCAAUUUAUUGAAUAUCUGUGAUAUAGGGGAAAGAUGUAAAUAGUUCCCUCCUCUUGCUUCCUUACUGAAUGUCUAUUUUUAUUAGGAAGAAAAUACUAAAAUAUUUGUUCAGUUGAGAGAACAAUCUGUUUAGAUUACAAGAUUUUUUUAUUAAUAGAACAAAAUAAAGAUAUCUUGAAUCUUUUGUUACAUGGUACUCUUCCACACUUAACUGACUCCAAUAUUCAAAUAAGUAGCAUAGCAACAAGAAGAUUAGAGGAACAUGGGGAAUACUAAGGCAUUUGACUACAUUUGAAAAUCUUACAAUUUAUAAUUCACAUUUGCUAUGAUCAAUUAUAUAAUUUUAUUUAUAUUAAUAAUUUUUGCAUAAAAUAAAAGGCAAAUCAAAAGAAAAAAGCUAAGAAAAAGUGCAAGAAAGAAAAUUAAAUGAUAACUUCAAUGGAAAAGUUUAAAGAAAACAUGAAUGAUUUCUAACCUUCUUUUGAACAGAUAAUAACAAUAUUAUCCCUUCUCCCUCAUAGUUGUUAUAAUCCCUUCACUCUCAAUUAACUCAUAAUGUUGUUCCCCAUUGGAACCCCAAGUUAACUGGUAGACCCAGUCUUUAGGCUCUUAUGACAGGUCAGGAGGGUUGGGCUAACCUCACAUCAAGAGGGCAAAAAGUUCCAGAGGGCAGGUGCACCAGCAGAGAAGACACUUCUCCUGGGCCCCAUCAGCUGGAAUAAUCAGGCUGAUGCCCAUAGCAUGCCUCCUCUGCCAUUCUGUGAGGUGAGAUGGUCCUUCAAGUACUGGACAUAUGCCAUGAAGAGCUUUACAGGUCGUUACCAAACCUUGAAUUAUACCAGGAAACAGACUGGCAACCAAUGCAGCUCUUUGAGCAGUGGUGUUACACAUGCCAUUCUUUGUGCCCCAAGAACUGCACUGUUACACUCUACACCAGCUGUAGCUUCUGAAUGCUCUUCAAGGGUAGUUUCAUGCAGUGCGCAUUGCAAUAGCCCAACCAUGAAAUGACUAGGUCCUGAACAAUUGAACAUAGAGAUUUCUGAUGCAGGAAAAGCAGCAACUGGCACACAACCCAAAAUUGUGCAAAGGCCCUCAUAUCCAUGACUGCCACCUGCUCUUCAAGCAAAAAAUUGUGAAUCCAGAAGAACCCCCAAGUUGUGGAAAUUAUAUAUCUGGGGUAGUGCUACACCAUCUAGUAUCAAAGAUGACAGUGCCAUAUUUCAGGGCCCUGUGCAUAUAAAGCCAUUUGAUCUUGCCAGGGUUCAGUCAAAGCCUGUUGUUCCUCAUCCAGGACCUCACAACCUCAAGGUAUGGCAAACAUGACCAAUGCUGUUUCUGUCCCAUAACUGGGCCUGACUGAAAGGGGUCCAGAUAAUCUGUUUCAUUCAGGACCCUCUGACACUGCCACACCACCACCUACCUUUUUUACAACCUUCCCCUCAAAGGGGAAGUUGGAAACUAGAUGAAAGUUGUCCAAGCAUGUGGCAUCUAGUGAUGGUUUUUUAAGGAGGGAGGGGGAAACCAAGGCCUCCUUAAAAGCCUCUGGAAAUGUUCCCUCCUCUAGUGAUGUAUUAAUUACUGCCUGAACCCACCUGCCAUGCAUCAUCCUGAAAACUUUCACCCAUCUAAGAGAGACAGAAUUUAACAGGCAGAUGGUGACAUCAACAGAUUUAGGAUCUUGUUCACUUCAACAGAGUCAAUAGGGUCAAACGAUUCCCAGAUAAUAAGGUAAGACCUCUCCUAAGGAAUCUCAUAUGACCUACCUCCACACAUGGGAUUCAUUCUUCAGCACAUGUCUGUGAAGUUAUGCUUUGCAGUAUUCAAUGACAAUUCACUAUAAGUAAUAAAAUAGUAGAAAAGGUUAUUCAUAAUUUUCUUGGAAUCCACAAUAAAUUGCCAAAAGUAUACAAAAUAGGAGCUGUAAUCUAAAUGACUGUUUACUUAUGAGAAAAUAAAUGUAGAAUUUGGAGGGGUCCCCGGCACCUUUCAAUAGUUAAUUUCUUCCUGGCUUCAUCUAUAUCACACUUCUUUUAAACUCCUUUAUGUUUCAAAACUACUUUUGAGUCUUCUUGGAUCAAGACCUAUAUUUUUUAGAUUUGUUUAAUAAUUAUUGUAACACAUUUUAUUUAUUCCCCACUCCACCCCCAGAAUGACAUACCAAACAGAGCUACAAAAUUCUGAAACUAGUGAAGAGGAACAAAAACUACAAAACUCUGAAUCCUGCAAAGAGGAACAGGAUUUAGCAAAGAUGCUUAUCAUUGAUUUUAAAAAAAUUGAAAGCUUAAAUAUUAAAAUCCCAUGUUCCAUUUGUGAAGAAAUGGUAUACAUCAGUCAACUUUUUCAUCACAAAAAAGUCCACCAAGCUCAAGCUGUACUAAAUUAUCAGUGGCCAUAUGUGGAGCCUAUAGAUAUAAAAAAAAUUAUCCUUCGGAGAAAGCAACUCAUUUUAAGACUGCAAAAAACUGCUCAAUAUCCUGAACGAGAGAUAGAAAAGAUUGGUUGUUCCAUUGAUCUUCUUAAAGAGAGCAUCAAAAUUGCUCCAUACUUUUGCAUCGAUAAUGUUGUUCAAAGUUCGGUGUAUAUUAAAGAUGUAAGCAAUCCACUGAUUAAAGCCAUAGCAAUUUGUCAAGAUAAAAAUGCUGUUUGGCACACAGAAAUGGAAGAUGUGUUUAUUGUACUAGAUAAUUAUGGGCACAAGAGAGAUACCUGCUUACUUGGACUCUUUGAUGGAAAUAAUGGAAUUUCUGCUGCUCAGUUAACUUCAGAUGAACUUCCUCUUUUACUUCUUGACCAGCUUUCUCAUAAUGAUUCCUCCUAUCAGAUUAGCGAUGCUGAAAAAAACAUACUUCAUUCUUUUUGCACUAUUUUUAAAGAAGACUAUGAAUUAAAGGAGCAAGUAUUUUCUGUUGCAGAAGCCAGAAGCCAAAACUCACAACCAAAUAAGUAUGAAUGGAUUCAUAGAGCAUUUGCAAAAGCUUUCUGGAGAAUGGAUAGGCUUUUACGUCUUGGACGAGGUGAAGUUUCCAAAGUUCGUUGGAGUAGCUGUACAACUGCCAUAUGUUUAGUAGAAAUGGCAGGCAACAUAAAACAAAACCAAGAAGAACAAGAAGGGGAAGAAACAGUUGAAACAAUAAAUGAUAACGAAGAGCAGAACUUCCUGCAACAUGAGAAGGGGCUGCCUGAACCAAACAGAAUAAUGAUAAGAAGAAUCAUAGAACAAGAAGAACACAAAAUUAUGGAACAGCAGGAAGAGAAGUCACUUGGAAGAGUAAGUGAUGGAGAAGACCAAAAUAACACAGAGCAAGGGGCAGGUUCUCUCACAGAACAUCCUCGAGAAGUAUUUACAAGUAUAAAUGAUGGAAUUAAAAAAAGCAUCAUAGUGUCAGAAGAUAAUGAGCAAUUGGCAAAGAAUAAAGAUGAGAUCCAGGAAGAAGUUUGGAUUGAAAACAAAGAAAAUUCAGAUGAAAUUGCUGGAAUGAUGCAUAUUGCUAACAUUGAAUCUGUGCUAACACAGCACAAACAAUACUUGUACCUAAAAUCUGAUUAUAUAUUGUCUUCAAAAUUAUAUGAUUUUUUUUUAAAUUUAGGUAAUGUUCAUGCAGUUUUAUGUAAAAAUGGAAAGAGUUAUUGGCUUACUAAAGAACACUCCACAUACUGUAAAGAGGAAAGGAGACGCAUUCUUCAGAAUGGUGGAUCUAUCAGCAGUAAUGAGCCUAAAGGACUAAUAGAAGGACUAAUAAAAAAUACUCGUGGCUUUGGCCAUCAUGGAAACCCAAAGAUAAAGAAAACAGUUAUUCCUGUACCAAAUACAAUCUCUUUCUCUUUUGAUAACUCAUGUCAGUUUUUUAUUAUAGCAACUAAUGGACUUUGGGAAGUUUUGGAUAAAAAUGAAGUUGUGUUAUUAACAAUAACUUUGUUUUCUGCUUACUUGGCAAAAUAUCAACAUGCCCAAUUGAUGAAACGUUACACUCCCCAAACGUCAAAGUUAUCUUUGGAAGAUCAAUUCUAUUCAUGGUAUAUGGAUUCUGAUUUAUUUUCUGAAUCGGAUUUAGGCAACGAAGAGGAAACUGAACCAAGUUUUCAGUUAAAGCUUCCAAUUAACAAUAGCACAGAAGAAAAAGUAGUUCUGUCAAACAGUUGUACUAUUUCUACAAAGCAACUCUCAGAAAAUUCUUUAGAAACAUCAGCUAAUGUUCCUACAUCUUCAAAACAAAAUACUUCACCAGACACUAAAGUAAUCCAAAAAGAAAAUAAGAAAAAUUCAGAAGACCUGAUAUCUGAAAAUAAUGAAUUUUUACAGAUAUCUGAAGAUUCAGAAACAGAUUCUAGAACAUUUUACAAUCUUGCAGCAAAGUAUAUUACUAAGCACUUGGUAAAAGCUGCUCUUAAAGCAGGUUCUAGAAAUAAUGUUUCUGUACUGCUAGCUCUCUUAAAUGGAUGUGAUAACAUACCCACUGAUGUGUUAAUGGGAAAAACAGAGUAAGAAACACUGACAUAAUGCAUAAAAAAAUAAACACUUGUUUAAAAAGAACGAUUACUAUGUUGCUUAAAAAGAAUGAUUACCAGAUUUCCUUUUAUACCACUUUAUUCAAACCUGAGCACCUCAAUAUAAAACUAAACACUGGUGAACUGUCAUUUUUCUUGCUAAGCCCAAAUUAUUGCAAAUUUACAUCUGCACAUGUAAGUUUUUGCUAGCAGUUCAACGUUUAAAUAGAUUAAAUCAUCUUUUCGGACACGUGGUAGAUUUCAUAUAAUGAAAAUAACUAAAGAAUUAGUGCAAUAUACUGGAUAAAUCAAAAUAAAAUGGACUUUGGGAAACAAUGUAGCAGAAUUCAUUACAGAUAGACAGUUGUAUUUAUGUUACAGGUACAGGAGCAUCUUUUAUUAUUGUUCUACCCAUGAAGGAAGAACUUAAUCCCCCUUGUGAUCUGGGGAAAACAAAAUGUUAGCUCUUUUAAGUAACUGUACAUAUUGUAUACUUUUAAGCAAUUCUUAAAUAGUACAGAGUAAAACAGAUGUAGACUACAAUGCAGUACCCUAUUUACAGUACAUUGACAUACCAAUUUAAAAUCAAGUUGAAUGUACAUAAUUUUUAGUGCUCUGACCAGUUACAUUCUUAGGGAAAAGGUAAUUGUAUUAAUGGUCAACACUGAUUAAAAUCAAAAUCAGCUACCUAGUUUUUGUAAAAUAUGUCUCAAUAGUUUGUUAAGAAAUAUGUUGUGUUGCAUCAGAAGUUGAAUUCAUUGGUUGUGACAUUUUAAAAGCAGAAAAAAUGUGUGAAGCUUGAUUUUUUAAAAAAAUUUAAACUGUGUUUUGACAAAUUUAUAUAUAGUGUAAUAAAACUAAA